AUGCCUACCGACUCUAGUGAUAAUUUAGUGGAAUUUAUGGAAUGUCUCAGUCAGAUGGCUGUUAUUAUAAACAAACAUUUAUUAACUAAUAUGGAUUCAAUUACGGCAAGAACAUUGAGGAAGCGAUCGUUUGAAGUUCUUAAUGGUUAUAGAGGACUCGAAGAAGCUAUUGAAAGCAUUUUAAAUGAAAAAGAUGAUCCUAAUGUCAGUUACGAUAUAGUGGCCACUCCCCCGGACCCCAAUAUUCUCACGAAUAAAGAAGAAGGCUAUGAAGGUGAAGUUCGCGCGUCAGAUAUUGUGAGGGAAAACAGGACAAAAUUACCCACCAUUAUCUGUCAAGGACACGAAAAAGAAAAAUCGAGCAGAAUUUGA